AUGGAGGAGAUUGCACAUGGUUUGUUGGAAAGCCAGAAGACAUUUUUGUGGGUGAUUAGAACAUCAUAUAGUGGUGAGAGAUUGGAGGAGAAGUUAAGUUGUAAAGAUGAAUUGGAAAAGCAAGGAAUGAUAGUUCCAUGGUGUUCACAAAUGAGGGUUCUAUCACACCCUUGUGUGGGAUGUUUUGUGACUCAUUGUGGAUGGAAUUCAUCUUUGGAGAGUAUGGUUGUUGGGGUACCCGUUGUGGCAGUUCCACUUUGGAAUGAUCAAGCUACAAAUGCAAAGUUUAUUCAAGAUGUUUGGAAGAUUGGUGUAAGAGCUAUCGCAAAUGAUGGAGGAGUUUUUGAGGCUUAUGAAAUUAAGAGAUGCAUAGAGCUUGUCAUGGAUGGUGGACAGAUAGGUGAAGAAAUGAGAAUCAAUGCUAAAAAAUGGCAGGGCAUGGCUAGAGAAGCUGCCAAAGAUGGAGGGCCAUCUAACAUGAAUCUUAGGACAUUCGUGAAUGAGCUUGGAGAUGGUGUUACUAAAACUACUAUCUGA